GGGCUGCUGGCUCUCUGCAAGUACCGCAUAGGCUGGGUUAAGCUUGCAGAAGGCCGCUGGAGCGACUUGGGGGUGGAGCCUAGAGCGCCCGGGAGCGGGUCCGUGCUCUGGAAUAUGUACCUUGAAAAAACAGCAAAAAGUCCAGCAAGUUCCUCAGUUCACCCGCGCCUUUGCAAAGUGACGAGGUGGGCUGCUACUUUGCACGGCUUUGCUGCCACCUGCCAGCCAGCCAGCUCGCUCCAGAGGCUGCAGCGCACCGCAGCAACCGCUUGCAGGCCAAGGCGAGCUGCUUUCUCCAAGGGUCCUCUCCCGGCCUUUCAGGCUCAAAUUAAAAUUGAGCAUUGAAACAGCCUUCCUUGCAAAGUCGAGCAAUUCUUCCUUCAGUUCUCUCUCAAAUUAACCGCUCCGAAAUACGCGAUGCCCAACGAGUCCUCCUUCAGCAAGCCGUCGGCUUCGUCGGAGCAUCAUGCCCAGGGGGCUAAAAUGGGCACUUUUGGGAAAUCUGCCGGGCUAGUAGCCACCGGAGCAGGCGGCAACGCGGGGGCCUUGAACCAGGGCCCUGUUGGUGCCGCCACCACUGCGGGGAAAAAGUCCCCUCGUCUCCCUAAGUGCGCGCGCUGUAGGAACCACGGCUACUCCUCACCCCUGAAAGGGCACAAGCGUUUCUGCAUGUGGAGAGAUUGCCAGUGUAAAAAAUGCAGCUUGAUCGCCGAGAGGCAACGGGUGAUGGCCGCCCAGGUUGCACUGAGAAGGCAACAAGCCCAAGAGGAAGAGCUGGGGAUCAGCCAUCCCAUCCCUUUGCCUAGUGCCACAGAAAUGUACGUUAAGAAAGAGAACAAUGCCAACAGUUCCUGCCUGUUGUUGGAAAGCACCAGCCCUCCACAGUCCACAACCACAGCAACUGUAGUGUCUACCUCAUCCACAGAAGGACGGAUGCUAAUUCAAGACAUUCCUUCCCUGGCCAGCAGAGGGCAUCUAGAGAGCACAUCUGACUUAGUUGUGGACUCCACCUACUACAGCAGUUUAUACCAGCCAUCCCUGUAUCCUUACUACAACAACCUGUACAACUAUUCUCAAUAUCAAAUGGCUGUGGCCACUGAAACUCCCUCUGGUGACAUGGGAAGCCCAUUGGUAGGGUCACCUGUUAAAAGCAGCCUCCGAAGCCUCCCAGCAAGUUAUAUGUCAAGCCAGUCAGGAAACCAAUGGCAGGUGAAAAGUCCAGAAAGUCGGCACAGCUUGAGUUCCCAGUACAGGAUGCAUUCUUACUAUCCCUCCAGCUCUUAUUUGGGACAGAGUGUUGGGGCCCCUGCCUGUGUUCCCCAAAUUUUUACUUUUGAGGAGAAUCCUUCUUACUCUGAAACAAAAGCAAAUGUAUUUUCACCACCCAGCAGUCAAGAUUCUGGCUUGGUUUCACUUUCCAGCAGUUCUCCCAUCAGUAAUGAAAGUACCAAGGCUGUGCUGGAGUGUGAGUCGGCCUCUGACUCCAGCACCUUUCCAGUUCAUUCUGUUAUGGAAGAUGGCGAAUAAGCAGGGAUAAAAAAAAAGUCCUGCUGUUGAUUUCCUUGAAGAAGUGCCUUCAUGUUAAUUUGUGUUUGCCUGUUUUGUGAUGACAGAUGCUGAAAUAACUGUUGAGAAAAUGUUCACUUAUUCCCUUUAUAUUUGUUCUGCACUUUGUGACUUGCAAUCUUAGAUAAGAACAAUGUAGUGUAGAGUGCUGCAAGAGUUUUACCCUUAAGUAUAUUGAAAGAAAAUUAUUGGUAUAAUCUAAUUUUUUUUAAAAAAAUUCCAUUUGACUAGUAAACAGUAUAGAAUGUUUAACACUCUACUGUUUCACACUAUUACUAUAAUAUUAUUUUGUAGAUUAUUUUGUAGAUGAAAUGUAAUCAGAGUUCAGUGUACACAAGGAUACUUAGAUUUGCUCAUAACAGAUUUAUCCAGCACAUAAGGGUUUGAUUAAUUCUUUAACGGUGUUUUAAAGCAAAGUUUCAAAUAUGAUGAAAAUUUGAGGAACAAGUAGCUUCCUGUUGCAAAGUAGAAUUCCUCCUCCUUUUUAAAGAGGUACUAUAAGAGUUAAGACUGAGAUGUAAGGUUGUAUGUUUUAUAGACCCAGGGUUCUUUUUUCUCUUUUCAUGAGAUGUAAAAGUAGAAAAAAGUUUAAGCAAAAAUGGUAUUUUUAAUUUAAAAAAUACCUGUGAUGGAUUCUUCUUGGUGGUUCUGUUUUAAUGCAAGAUACUGUAUUUUGACCAGACAUACCCUCUGUUACUAGCAUAAAAUUAAAAAAACAUUUGUACAAGUUAACCUAUUUGCUACAGUGUUAGCUCCAAGUAAAAAUGGCCUUUUAAAAGUUAUUACAGAUUUUUUCAAUAUUCUGUUAAGAAUGCCUUAGCAUGUACUUUCUCUUAGUUACAGAAACCAACCAGAAAUAAAACUAGUCUUUAAAACAAUUCAUUGUUCUCUAUAGUUGCAGCAGUACUGAAAUAAAAAUGUUAUUGAUGACCAAA